AUGUCUCAUCCAAAGGAGAGGGAAGUACCAGCAGACGAUGAAGUGAUGCCUUCAAGAAGGAAGGAACUAAUGCCUGGUUAUAGCUACUAUUUUUCAGAUUGUUCAAGCAUUAUCUCCUCAGUUAAAUGCGCCGUUUCAGUCGAUGAAGAUAAAAGCCGAAGUGUUUCACCAAAUUUCGGAAAUCUCACCAACAUCAACACUAAUCUAUAUGGAAAAGGUGAUGUAAACCCUAACGUGAACUGUAAAAGUGAAGAUCUAAACUCCAAAGAAGAUGAUCUGAACCCUAAAGAAGAUGAUCUGAACCCUAAAGAAGAUGAUCUGAACCCUAAAGAAGAUGAUCUGAACCCUAAAGAAGAGGAUCUGAAUCCAGAAGGUGAAGAGGAAGUAAUGUAUUCACUAGGCGAAACAGUGAUAUAUGACUCAAAUAAUGUAAAGUCUUAUUCAACGAGUUGUGAAUCGUUGAACGGGACAACAAGUGGGUUUUACCGAGAAAUUAACACAUUUCUAAAGCCAAAUAGUGGUAAUUUUGACCAGGAAGAUGAACUGGCCUCCGCAUCAAUUGAAAACUAUUCAACUAUGAAUUUGGACAAUAUGCCAACAUUUGCAGAAACUGAAUUGGAUAAACUCCCAAACUCUGUGGAUUUUGGAGAGUCGCUUUACAAAUUUAAUCGCUGGUGUAAGAAAUAUUCCAGUGGUAAUAUUGAAAUGUUUAAACGUGAUCAGCAAGAAAAAAUGAGUACUAUUUUGGAAGAAAAUAGCCUUAAAAUUGGAGAUUUAAAGAGUAAAAACUAUGACGAAUUCCCAGUCAAAGUGCUCUAUUCAAAAGGAACAACACCAGCAGAUAACAAAUUUGACCUCAAUUCUGUAAAGAAGGGUGAGGUUUUGGUUGAGCGUUUUAGAGUGGACGAAGUGCUUGGAACGACAACUUUUUCUAGGGUCGUUAAGGCAACUGAAAUGUCUUCCAAUGUUCCAGUGUGCCUUAAAAUCGUUCAUCCAGACUACUUUGACCAGGCACUUGACGAAAUACUCUUUUUAAAAUUGUUAAAUUCAAAGGAUGAAAACGAUUCCAAUUGUAUAGUGAGACUUUUGGACUCAUUUUUGUACUCUGGAGCAGUAUUUUUAGUAUUGGAACUGCUUGGAGAAAACCUAUUUGAAGCAACAAAAGACUUUUACGUCUCGAGUUUCAAGGAUUUUUUCACACACUCAAGACCAAAAAGGUGGAAUUUGAACCAACUAAAACAUAUUUCAAGAGAUGUGCUCAAGGCACUAAAUUUUAUUCAUGGACUCGGAAUCAUCAAUUGUGAUCUCAAGCCAGAAAAUGUAGUCCUAGUCAAUUCAGAAAAUAAAUCACAAAAUGAAAAUAUAAUGAUAAAGUUGGUGGAUUUUGGAUCGAGUUGUUUUAUCCAGGACCAGUUGAACACGUAUGUUCAGAGUAGAUCAUACAGAGCACCUGAAGUGGUGUUAGGGUUGCCAUACGAUACUCAAAUCGAUAUUUGGAGUCUGGGUUGUAUUUUAUGUGAGCUUUAUCUGGGCAGAAUUCUGUUCCCUAGUGAUAAUAGCGCGAGUUUGGUGGCUUCGAUGGUGAGUUUAUUAGGCCCACCUCCAGCAUAUAUGCUACAACAUAAGAUGAACAGUAUGUUCAUAAUAUUACCAAAUGGAAAUAUCGCGGACUUAAACGUUCCAGAUCAUAUAUUGAAUCAGUCACCAUACUAUAAUAGACUAGAUCGCUCAUCACUUUACUGUAACGUUUCAGCAAGUGAUUCCUCAAAGUGCUCUCACGUUACUUAUAAUAAGUGGGACAAUGCAACCGUUAAUCUUGAGCCGACACUUGAUGAUAAUUCCAGCGGAUUGGAAGACUCAAGUGACUAUAACAGGAAUAGCACUUUCUCAGCUACUGAUAACUCAAAUUCAUUAGUUGAUAGCACAUUCUCCUUUUUGGAUAAGCGUUUUAAAAUCACUAAUUAUGAUUCUAAUCCUAGAAUGGAAGAUAAUUCACUUAAUAACACACUAGACUGUAAAAUUAAGCUAGAUAUCAGACAUAACAGGAACCCUCUGACCAAGUUCAUGAGGAUAAUACAGCCAACCUCAGCAACAGUUGAAUCAAUGCUUGACUCGAAUAAGAGCACAGAACUCUCACUAUUCUGUGAUUUCAUCAAAGGACUUCUUCAAUAUGAUCCCCUAGACAGACUAACAGCGUCUGCAGCAUUACAACACCCAUUCAUACUCUCAACUAACAUAUAA